AUGAUAUGCCGUGAAGGUUGUAAUUCCCAUUCAAAAUAUUAUUCAACAAUUACGCCUGACACUGUAAUUGAUGCUGGAAAGUUUUCUUUUAAUUUGAUGGCAGCAAUGAAGAAACAAGGGGGUUUUGAAGAAAUUAGACUUUUGGCUGUAAAUAUAUCCUCUUUGGAUGAAAUUUCAAAUAAAUAUAGGUCAUAUACAUGGGAAUAUAUAAAUCCAGAAUUUACCAAAUUUCAUCACUUCCAAUUUGGCCAUUUUGAAGCAAAUUCAGAAACUGGAUUUUAUUUAGAAUUUAAAUUUAAUGAAGGGAAUAAAUUACCUUUAACUACUCUAAAUAGAAAUUCGAGAGUUUCUUUUAAUUCGAGAGUUUCUUACGUAAAUUAUAAUGCCAGAAUUAAAGCUAAACAAAAUGGAUGGUUUAAAUCAACAAAAAUUUUUGGAUUUAAAGAAAAAUUAAUAAAUGCUGAAAUAGAAGGAAGAAAAUCUUUUAAAAUUUAUGUUGGGGGAGAUAAUGCUAGAAUUAAUAUAAAUAAAGGAUCUUUUUGGCCAUUUUCUUCUUCAAAGGAAUUAAUAAAUUUAGAACCGAUUGAUAAAUAUUUAAGAGAAAAUUCUUUACCUUCAAUGGAAUUAAUUAUUGAACAAUUUCCUUCUUGUGGAAUAUGCGGAGAAAAUAAAGAAGCGUCAGUAUUCAAAUUAAAAGGCUGUGAUGACUAUUUUCACAGAAAAUGCAUAUUAGAAUUAUUGAGAGCACAAACAACGCAUGAUAUUGAAUGGUCUCAUCAAUUUGGUUCAUAUAUUAGCGGGCAUAGAUGCCCAGUCUGUGAUAGCCGUAUACUUAUAAAUAUGAAGAAAAAUGAUGCAUUAUAUGAUACACUAUCUGCAGAAAUUCGAAGAAGGCAAUACAGACAUGAAUUAAAAAUGCCUAUACUUCAGAACGGAGAAAAUCCAGUUUAUACCUACAAAUUUGAUCCAACAAUUACCAGACAAAAAGAAUAUAAUAAAAUAGAUUGUUAUAAUCUUCAGGGAGGGCAAUUUACUAGAACAAAAAUUUAUUUUCUCCCUUUGGUACCUAGAAGUCAAAGGCAAUACGAAUUUCAUUUACGUAUUUCUCCAAAUAUAAGAACUGUUGGCCCUAAAUUAUUACCAAUUGUUUGGAUUGUUCAAUUAGAUUGUUUAAUUGGAUGUAAUAAAUAUUUAGAUACACAAAUAUUGCAAACACAAAACUCUUUGGAAAAUGCUGGAAAAGUUGUCUUUUAUUUAUUAGCUUCUCCUGUAGUUAAUGGAGAAGGAUAUGAGGCUAUAACUAAUUUAAAAAUUAAAAUUACUUCACUUGAUAAAUUGGCAGGAAAAUAUAGAACAUAUACAUGGGAAAAUGUUCUGCCAGAAUUUGGAAAAGAACAUCAUUUUCAAUUUGGGCAUUACGAAUCAAAUUCAGAAUUAGGACUUUAUUUGCAAUUUAAAUUUGAUUUAAAUUAUUUUUCGCCUCUAAUUUUGAAUAAAAACGAGGUUGGUGCUCGCCCAAUAAAAUAUAAAGCAAAAUUAAUUGCGACUGGUUGGUUUUGCAACAAAUAUAGUUCUAAAAUUUUUGGAAAUAUUAUUGAAUUGCCUGAUAGUUCAUUGGAAGGAGAAACUUUUCAAAUACCUUUGGGAGGUACAAAUGGAAUUGUUCCUUUAAAAAGGAGAUCUUCCUGGCCUUUUUCUCUUUUAAAUUGUAUUAAAGAAGAUAAAGUAAAUAUUAUUAGAUAUUUACAAAAUAAUACUUUUCCUUCAAUGGAAUUAAUUAUUGAACAGAUGCCUGUUUGUGGUAUAUGUGGAGAAAAGAAUUAUGGAGAAGUUGUUAAAUUAAGCACUUGCGAGAAUGGUGAAAAUCCCACCUAUACGUACAAGAUUGGACUAGACAAUAAACAAAGAAAUUAUAAUAUUGUGUCAAUUUUAAAUUUUGGAGAUUCUGACAGUGAAAGUCCUCCAACAGUUCAAAAUACAGAAAUUGCUCCUUCAAAAGGGAAGAAACCUAUUGAGGCUGAUAUUGAAGAAAUUAAUAUCAGAAAGACUGAGCCUUUUGGUGAAGGUUCUUCUAAGAGAGCUGAAGUUUAUAAUGACGAAGAGAUGUCAUUAUAUCAACAAUUUCUUCGUGGUCGUGUUGAAAAUGAAGGUACUUCAUCGAAAAAUACUAGCGGCGAACUUGGAUCUAUUAAAAGUCCAAUUUCUCCAGGAACUUUUGAAAGAGUUUUUAAAGGAGGGGGGAAUGAAGCGUUUACUACUGAAAAUGAAAUUGAAGAGCCUGUUGAAAAGAAGAGUAAACUUCCUAGAUGGAUUUCUAGACUUUUUACUAAACAAGAAAAACAGGAAGAACUUUCUGAAGAGGAUAAAACAAAAAAUGAAUUGAUGGAGAAUUUUCUCUCAAAUAUUCCUCUAGAAACUAUUCAAAGCGAAGAUGAACUAAGUGAAAACGAAGUUGUAGAGUUAAAAAGUGAUGAACAAAUGGAUGAUUUUAUAAGAGAACAAAGUGAUAGAUUGAAACAAACUAGUAGAUUACUUACAAUACCAGAAAUUACAGAGGAUGAAUUGUCAUCCUCUCCUUUGAUCAGAAAAAGGAAUAAAAACGUUGAGAAAGAACAAUUAUCCGAAUCAAGCAACAAAUCUUUUAAAAGUGCAAGUGGAGGACAGCCUUCAAAUAAUUAUAUACCUCCAGAUAGAAAGAGUACAACAAAUUCUUCGUCGGCUUCCUUAAAUUCUGGAAAGAGUACACCACCUCGAUAUGCUUUAUCUAAAGAAGGAAGUUCGGUUCAAAGUAAUUCGCCCAUUGAUAAUGGCAGUCCUACUAUAUCUAUUAAUUCAGACAAUGGAUUAAGACGGAGAAAUCAAAGUUCUAAAAGAAGCCCUUUGGGGGGAACAACUUCUCCGAAUAAUCAAAUUUUACAACGUUCAUCAUCUAGCAAGAGUGUAAAUCAACCUUCACUAUCAGAACAAACACUUACACAUUCAUCUUCUGGCAAAGAAAGUAGUGAUACUUUUGUUUCAGCACAAACAUAUUUUUCUUCUGAAAGAGGUGAAAAUGUUUCAGCUUCUCCUUCUCCUCUUCCUUCCGAUUUACCUUCUUCUCAUCAUUCUGCUUCUCCUUCACCUCAUCCAUCUGUUUCUUCUUCUCCUCUUUAUCAUGGAAAAGCAAUCACUUCAUAUGCUCAAAACUGUUCAAUCUCCCCUCUUUUAAUUAGAAAACCUGUAGAAUUCCAGCAAUCUACAGCUUUUACUCAAAUAUACACUCUUCCAUCUCCUGCUAAAACUUCUCGAUCAAAACAAAGUGAUUCAACUAAUUCUAGUCAAAGAAUUCAAUCAAAAGAAACUUUAAUUAGUACCUCCUCAUCUUCUCAAAAAGCACAUUCAAAUAUUUACUUCAAUACAACCGAUAAUUUCGAAGAAACAAAAUCCUCAGAUUCUUCUUCAGAUUCUGACAAAAGUGUUGUAAUUGAGAAUAAUGAAACAAAUAAUAACACAAAACAAAUUACUAAAAUAUCAACGCCCUUCUAUACUCCAUUAAACACACCUUUAAAUGAUCCUUCAAAUACUUCAUUAAAUCCUUUAAAUAUUCGAGAAAUUCACGAAAUUGGAGAAGAAGAAAUUAAUUACGAAAAUGAAAAUAAUGAGAACUCUAUGGGAGAAGAAACUCCAUUAAUUGGCGGAAAUUUGGAUUAUGAAAAUAAAGGUGAUAAAAAGAAAAAACAAAAAGGCUAUUCUGCGACUGAAUUAAAUCUGGAUUUGAAAUAUGGCUUGCAGAAAUUAAAAGAUAAAUUUACGAGGAAAUUAAGCAAGAAAUAA